AUUUGCAUUAUGGACUUCUUUGCAACCGGUGGCUUCCAGCAGCUCUACAGCGAUCUGGAUGAUGAGCAGGAGCCGUUGGCCAUUCUUGCCGGGCUACCAGAUGAUCCCAGCAAUUGCAGUUUGGAAUACACCUAUCCCGAUUCCAGUUUUGUUGUGGAUUGUCAUCAUCUGGAGGAAUCGGACUACUAUGGCAUCAUCACACUGGACAGCAAUAAUAAUAAUAAUAAUCAUAGCAUGAGUAGCGAAGUCUUACCAGAGGAGGAGCACUCUUUGUUCAUUGACUUCAAUGACUUGUCUUCGGUUUGUCCACCGGAUUUGAGUGACUGGGAACAGCGGUUGCUGGACAACUAUGUGGAGAUACCAGAAUUAGUGGACUUUCUACCAGAACGCACACCUCUCUGCACGGAUAACUGUGUGGAUUUUUUGGAGGAGAGUAAUAGUAAUCUUAGACUGGCAGCGCCACCAUUACCACCACCACCAUCACCUCCAGAGGAACCAGCAGCGGUGUCUGCUGUCCCCCAACUGGGACAGAAUGCCGGCGGUGAGAGGGGUUACCUGUGCACCUUUGGUGACUGUGAAAAGAUCUAUGCCAAACCCGCCCACCUCAAGGCUCACCUGCGUCGGCAUCUCGGCGAGAAACCCUAUGCCUGCAGCUGGCCAGAUUGCACGUGGAGAUUCUCCCGCUCGGAUGAGCUGGCCCGGCAUCGACGAUCCCACUCCGGAGUUAAACCCUACAAGUGUGAUUACUGUUCCAAGUGCUUUGCCCGAUCGGAUCAUCUGACCAAACACCGGAAGGUCCAUGAGCGAAGGCUUCUGGCAGCCACGAGGGCAGGGAGACUCCUCUCCGAUGAUCUUUAUGCGGUGAGACCGGGAAGGAAGCGAAAGAAUCAGAUUUAG